AUGGUCGCCCCUCUAUUCACCCAUGCCGGUCAGGAUCUUCUUGUCCAAUCUGUCCUUGCAUUCUCUGCUCGACAUCGAAGCAUCACAGAUCCAUCAUGGACGCGUACAGCGAUGAAAAUGAAAGGAAAAGCCUUAACCGGUCUUCUGCAAAGAAUCCGAUCUCCAGACGUCACGGCAGAUGUCAUACUGGAUCCUCAAGUCCCCGCAACCAUGAUGUUCCUCUGCCUCUACGAGAUUCUUGACAAUGGUGACUAUCGAUGGGUAUUUCACUUAAGGGCAAGUCAGGACUUUAUGCGGAAACGUCAGCAACUUGCACUUCCGUCGAGCAAGAACUCGGCCUUUGGAAGUCUUGCUGCGUUUUCAGAGCGAUACUUUGCUUUCCAAGAUGUCAUCAGCAGAACAGCUUGUGGAAAUUCACCUAUCUUUGGCCUGGAAUAUUGGCAAAGACCGGAUCACACGGAGGAUAUCGAUGCAUGGAUGGGUUGUAGUCCGGCCAUGGCAUCUGUGAUUUUCAAGAUCACGGAGCUUGCAAGAACACGAACCCGAGAUAUGUCUCAAGAGGACUAUGAGGCCCAAGUCGAGGAGCUUGACAGGGAGUUGACGCUAGUCAGCUCCAAUAUCACAGUUGUGGAGGCCAUGGAUGAGAAUGUCAGACGCUGUGUCGACCUAAAGAAGACUUCGGUGCAGAUAUACUUUCACUGUCUGCUUCGAGACGCAGAUCCUUCGACACCACAAGUCUCACAACUCGUCAUCAAGGUGCUUCAUAGCAUUCACGAUCUCAUCCAACAAGGCAGCGCGGCAGGGCUUCUGUUCCCUCUGUUCGUCGCAGCCGUGGAGCUAGAUCCUUUGAACGACGACAAGAUUUUCGCUCACGGUGAUCAAGGCACCUUCUUAUCUGGAAGACAGCUUGUCUUGGAGACUCUUGAUGCUAUGGUGGGCUUGACGUUAGCAAAUGUUGAGAGAACAAAAGCGGUGAUUCUAAAAGUCUGGCGCAUGAGAGAUUUACAUACCCAAAAGGAUUCGCCCGUUUUGGUUACUAGCGAUUCGAAUGAUUGGAACACAUUCGUGAGUCCGUAUACGCAAAAUCUUAAUUUGGCAUAG